CUGGAUUCCAAUUUUGUUUGAAUCUCACUUGUUUUUAAAUUUUCAAUUAGCCAUAAUAUGAAUAAACAAAAACUGCCUUCUCCCAAAGUUUCAGUACUAGCCAAUAAUGCAUUGUUUCCACCUUCUGAUGAAUCCGACGAUGAGGAAAAAGAUGUAAAAGUGGAGGAGCAUCAACAAUUGCCGUCGUCUUCUACUAAAGUUUCAGUCUUGGCCAAUAAUGCCCUUCUUCCACCCUCAGAUGAUAGCGACGAAGAAGAAGAUGAUGAAGUUAAGCCUAAAAAUCGGGUCAAAUUUGGAAGUAUUGAGGUUUACAAAUUUGGAUUUGCACAAGGAGUUGAUACUGUUCCUUCAAAUGGUUGUGUCUCUUUGGGUAUGGAACGUCGUCACCACGCAAAGCACACUUUCACAGUAGACGAAUUUCUGAUUUACAAGCAGGCUGAGAACGUUAGUACUUAA